UAUACAUAAAUUAUUAUCGAUAUUUGCAUUUUCAUAUUUAAAACAUUCAUUUAUUGCAAGAUCAUGUGAUUUUUUUUUCGAACCCAGAUCAUGUGGUUAGUAUGUUGCCAUAUUGUAAGAUUAUGGUACUAACAUUUAUAGCAAUGUACUAACCAAAAUUGCUAAUGUACUAUUAGCAACCUAAUAGAAUUGUUUAUCCAAAAUUAACAGUUAGACUUUUGAAGGAGAAGGAGCCCUAGCUUAAGAGUCCAUGAAUUAAAAAAAAAUUCAUUUUAUAUCUCAAAAUAUAAACAUGAGGGUGGCCAUUACAUCAUUUGUAUGCCACCCAACAACUAUUCACUCCAAUCUACAUUUUAUUUUGUGGAUCAUAUUAUUUAUAUAUACAUUGACUUUAAGUAUAUUGUAUAUAGUUUGAAGAUGAUUGAUGUGAUUUUACCAUACAUAUAUGCUUCUUUUUAUUUUUAAUUGUGUGACCCAUCUCUUUCUUUUUCUCUUCAUGUUUUCUUCAUUGUUCUACAAUUCUGAAUUUUGGCAUGAUCAUGGUGACUUCAAACUGAAGCUGCCUUCACUCCACAUGGUUUUAGCCCUUUUAUUUUGAUUAAUUAGCCCUUAUAUAUACGUUACGGUUCUAAAUAUCAGCCGAAAGGGACAGGGUAAACGGCCGCUCCCUAACUGUCAAUGAUCGAUUUAUCUUCAGUUGUCUUCUUACUUCUUCCAGUAUUUUUUUCUCUUUAAUCGUCUUACUUUGCCUUACUUCUCCGGUCACAAGCUAUUUUUCCCGUACUUUUAUUUUAAAUAUUUUAGUUCGGUCACGGUUCUUAAAAAUAGGGCACAUGAUAAUAAGUUGAAGCAUUUUAACACAAUUAGAGCUGAAGAUUAUGCCUUGGUUGCAAUAAUUCAACUAAUUUAUGUGCUUUAUGAUGAGUUUUCAAUAUGGUAAGAAGUGCUUAAUUUAAAUUAAGUCCAUUUAAAUUAGGGUUUCUAUUAUAGGAGGUCAGCUAUUUCUUGAAUUUCUUUGUUUAGGUUUACAAUUCUUGCAAUCUAAAAAUUCAUUAAUUCUUCCAAAAUAUACAUAAUCAUGUCUUCGCUACCUUCUGAUGAUCAUCUUCAUCUUAUCAACCAAAAUUUCCCAGACCCACUUGAAAUUUCAUCAGAUAUUUGUUGGCCAAGCAUUGAAGAUUAUUUUAACCCAGAUGCCAGGUUCAAUCUUGAAAUGUUUCAGGACUAUGAAAAUGCAUUAUUGCAUGCCACUGAUUCGAACAAAACAGGUAACAAUAAUAACCUCAACUUCAAUGUACUUGUUGGGAAAGAAUCUUCGGUAAUGGCCAUGUCCGGAAUUCAAGAAAACAACAAUCAACUAACUCUCUCCAACAAUUUUCAAGUUUCCGAUGACCUGUUGCCGGAAUUAAGAGAAAGAACCGAGAGCAUGAUAGUAAUUGAGCAAGAAAAUUCUUUAGCAGGCAAAGUUACAAGUGAUGAAGAAUCAAAUGCAGUUCCUGAUGAGCCAGAAAAGAGUUCAGUGGCUACUAAAUUUAAUAAUAAAGGAAAAGGAUCGCGAAGCAAAAAGGCGGUGAUGAAGACGAAGGAGAUAAAGCAUAGAUUCCGGCGUUUGCUGACAGAAAAAAUGGCGGUACGAUCCAGUGAAGAAGAAGGUCCGACAUCGAAGAAAGAAGAACAUAAUGCUAAGGAAAAAGUGAGAAGAAUGAAACUCAAUGCUUCUUACUUGGCUCUUGGUUCACUUCUUCCAAAUUCAAGAAGAUCUAAGAAAAGAUGGACUGCACCGGUUAUCAUCGACAAAGUUGUCGAGUACAUUCCGGUGAUAGAAAGCGAAAUAGAGGAGCUACGUUUGAAGAAGAAUUCGAUAGCAUCAAAGAUAGAAGAGAAAGCACAGCUUGUAAAUGAUGAUCAAGGUGCCACAGUUUCAGUGCAUGAAAUCAAAGAAGGAGAAAUAAUAAUGCAAAUAUGCAUGCAAACAAAUAUAGACAAGGGUUUGUCGUUUGUUAUGCAGAAUUUAGAAGCACAAGGCAUUACUAUUUUAAGUGCUUCAUCCAUCAAUAUAUGUGAUGACACAAUCUCCUAUCAUCUGCAUCUACAGUUUUGGCAGAUGAAUGGAAAUCCACUUGUAGCUGACUAUAUCUUAGCUUUCAGGAAGAAGAUAAUUUCCUUGUUGAAUUAAUACUCCCCAUUUUACAUGAUUGCUUCCUCUAAUGUACACUAUUUAUCCAUAUAAAAUUAAAU